AGACCAACCUGACCUUCGUGGGCUGCGUGGGAAUGCUGGACCCUCCCCGCAUCGAGGUGGCCUCCUCCAUAAAGCUGUGCCGGCAAGCGGGCAUCCGGGUGAUUAUGAUAACUGGCGACAACAAGGGGACGGCGGUGGCCAUCUGCCGGCGCAUCGGCAUUUUCGGGGAAGACGAGGACGUCACCUCCAAAGCCUUCACCGGCCGGGAGUUCGAUGAACUUUCGCCAGCCAGCCAGAGAGAUGCCUGCAUGAACGCCCGCUGUUUCGCCCGCGUGGAGCCCUCCCACAAGUCCAAAAUUGUGGAGUUUCUCCAGGCCUUUGACGAAAUUACAGCAAUGACAGGAGACGGCGUAAACGAUGCCCCCGCUUUGAAGAAGGCAGAAAUCGGAAUCGCCAUGGGAUCCGGCACGGCCGUGGCGAAGUCGGCAUCGGAAAUGGUGCUGGCAGAUGACAAUUUCUCCACCAUCGUAGCCGCUGUGGAGGAAGGCCGGGCCAUCUACAACAACAUGAAACAAUUCAUUCGCUACCUCAUCUCCUCCAACGUUGGAGAAGUGGUCUGCAUCUUCCUGACCGCCGCCCUGGGCUUCCCGGAAGCUUUAAUCCCUGUCCAGCUGUUAUGGGUAAACCUUGUGACCGACGGACUUCCGGCCACCGCCCUGGGCUUCAACCCCCCUGAUCUGGAUAUCAUGAGCAAGCCACCUCGUAACCCCAAGGAGCCCCUCAUCUCCGGCUGGCUCUUUUUCCGUUACUUGGCGAUCGGAUGUUACGUCGGAGCUGCCACAGUGGGCGCUGCCGCUUGGUGGUUCAUAGCUGCGGACGGGGGCCCGAGAAUUACCUACUACCAGCUGAGUCAUUUCCUGCAGUGCAAAGAGGACAAUCCAGACUUUGAAGGGGUCGACUGUGUGGUGUUUGAGUCUCCCUAUCCUAUGACCAUGGCGCUCUCCGUCUUGGUCACCAUCGAGAUGUGCAACGCCCUCAACAGCCUCUCGGAGAACCAGUCCUUGCUACGGAUGCCUCCGUGGGAGAACGUCUGGCUCCUGGGCUCCAUUUGCUUGUCCAUGUCUCUCCACUUCCUCAUCCUUUAUGUAGAACCAUUGCCACUGAUCUUCCAGAUCACCCCUCUGAACCUGACCCAGUGGCUGAUGGUGCUCAAGCUCUCCCUGCCGGUGAUCCUGAUGGACGAGACUCUUAAGUUUGUGGCCCGCACUUACCUAGAGCCGGGUAAAGAUAUUGUGCCAGCCGCCACCAAACCACGUCCUUUGUCUGCAUGCACCGAAGGGAUCUCCUGGCCGUUCGUGCUGCUGUCCUUGCCGCUGUUGAUUUGGCUUUAUAGCACAGACACUAACUUUAGUGACAUGUUUUUUUCUUGACCUAAAAGUCCUCUAGCGGUAGCUGGGCAAGUCAGAGAGAUGUUUAACUUAAAAAAAAAAAAGAAAAGGAAAAAAAAAUCGGAUUUU